UUAAUUAUGACAUCGAUAAGUUCAAUGGUAUUAAUUUAAAAAAGAAUCAUUUUGAAUUAGUCUCCUAUUUUAAAAAUGUAUCUACUUCAGAAGUACUUAAACUAAAUUAUAUUAGGAAUUUAAUUAUAAAAGUACAUGCCUAUACAGCAACUUCAUAUCAUUUUAGGUCUCUGAUAAGAAUACCAAUGAUAAAUUCACUGUUUUAACUGGCAGAGACGGGUACCUUCAGGAUGAGAACCGUGCUCUUGUAUUUGAUAAUCGUUAUCGUAGUUGAUAGUAUGAAUCCCUCCAAAGAGGAUGGUUUUCCUUCAGAUUUUCUAUUUGGCGUAGCAACAUCGUCGUAUCAAAUUGAGGGAGCAUGGAAUGUUAGUGGCAAGGGUGAAAGUGAAUGGGACCGAUUCACUCACGAAAUUCCAACGAGAAUUCUUGACGGAUCAAGUGGUGAUAUUGCGUGCGAUUCCUAUAACAAAAUCAAAGAAGAUGUUGCCAUGCUGAAGGAGCUCGGUGUCGAUUUCUAUAGAUUCUCGUUGUCCUGGCCCAGGUUGCUACCACUUGGAUACGCAGACCAUGUAAACCCCGAUGGGUUACGCUAUUACAACGAGUUAAUUAACGAGUUAGUCGCGAACGGUAUAAAACCCAUGGUCACUUUGUAUCACUGGGACCUACCGGUAACUUUAGCCGACAUCGGCGGUUGGACUAAUCCCGUUAUGUCAGAUCUAUUUGUGGAUUACGCAAGGGUUGCUUUUGCGAACUUUGGUGAUCGAGUUCCGUACUGGAUUACGUUUAAUACGGACGCGCGGGGGUAUAGAAGCGACAAAAUUCCUCCGGCUCUCAAUCAAUCCGGAAUUUCUGAUUAUAUGUAUGGACAUGUUGUACUCUUAGCCCAUGCGAAGACCUACCGCAUGUACGAGAAGGACUACAAAGGCGUUCAACAAGGUAAAGUAGGAAUCGUGGGAAUCGACGUCGUGUGGUAUGAGGCUAAGACGAACAGCACUGAAGACUUACUCGCAGCCGAAAGAGCAAGACAAUUCAUAUAUGGAUGGUUAUUUAACCCGAUCAUCGGUUCAGGAGAUUAUCCUCAAAUCAUGAAGGAGCGUAUCGCGUUUAGAAGUGCGGGCGAAGGCUACCCGAAGUCACGUCUGCCCGAAUUUUCCGCGAAAGAAAAACUCCUCAUCAAGAAUUCAUGCGACUUUAUUUGUUUGAAUAUUUACACAACGCACCAGGUGCAAAACGUUCCCGAAGCGGCGUUUUCGGCUCCCGAUUAUUUCAAGGACGCGCGAAUUCAACUUUCAACCGAUCCAGCUUGGCCUGACUCUAAUGCCGAUUGGUUGAAAGUUGAGCCUUCGUCCAUACGAAAAAUAUUAAACUGGGUUAAAAGUGAAUACAACAAUCCCAAAAUUGUCAUAUCCGAGAAUGGCUACGCCGACCGUGGAGAAUUGGAAGAUUACGACAGGGUGAAUUACUAUCAGAAAUACCUUCGGCAGCUUUUGGCGGCUAUAAAAGAGGAUGAAGCGGAUGUCAUCGCCUAUGCAGCAUGGAGUUUGAUGGAUAACUUCGAGUGGGAUAACGGAUACACGCAAAAAUUUGGUUUAUACCACGUUGAUUUUAACGAUCCUAAUAGAACAAGAACAGCGAAAGAAUCCGCUAAAUACUAUAAGAAGGUGAUAGCUCAUAGAAAAUUGGACAGUGUAUAAGAACCAAUUAUAAUGUAGUCAUUGCAAAUUAGAAUCCUGCUCGUGGAUGUAAUACGAACUAAUACAAAAUAAAUCAAAUCUAAUCAAUACAA